UAGGCGUGAGCCACCGCGCCCGGCCGGCACGGGUUUCGUAACUGAGAAACUAUGCUGGCCCGCAGUAAGUCGCACCAAGGGUGCUCAAGGAAAGGGGGAUCUCCUCUUCCCCCAGACCUCGGCCCCUCCAGGACCCACUGACGUGGCCCUUUUUCCAAAAACUGCCCUGCGUGCACCGGCGAGCCGGGGCGUGUCGCCACGGCUUUCAAAAAACCCGCACACACAGAGCGAAUAAUGUGCCGUUUGCUUCUUUCACGCAAGCGGAGUCACGCCCGCCUUCCCGAGCCCCGGCGCACGGACCUCCAAUGCCUCUAGCGCCCUCGGGGCCCCCAGGAACAAUGCCCAUCCUCUCCGCGCGCAGGAAGGAGUUGGCGGACAUGGCGGGGUCGGGGCGACAGAGCGGGCCGAGCCCCGCAGCCGGGUGGGGGCUCCACUUUUCGGCUCCGAGCGUCCCGCUGGCCAGGGACAGGAACCUGCCCGGUCAGGGAGCCUGUGUGCGUCGCGACACGGCAGGCGGUUGGCCCGGCCGGGGACGUCCCUUCUGCACUCCCGGAACUAGUCUACACAGCUUCGGCACUGACCGGAGCGGAGACGGCGGUUGCCCCAGAGCCUUCGAGUCGCGGGCUAGAGCGGUCAGGCCUCCGAGACGGGUUGACCCGGGGCUGGCUACGGCUGCGUCACGCGAGGGGGCGGGACCGCCACGGGCGGAGGUCGGAGCCGGAAGCGGAAGAGGCUCUUGGAGCGGGGAGUGGGGCCUAGCAGCCGCCGGAGCCUGGGAGACGGUGAGUGUGGACCGGGACCCGCGGCAGCGGCUGGGGAUGCAUCACUGUAAGCGAUACCGCUCCCCUGAGCCAGACCCGUACCUGAGCUACCGAUGGAAAAGGAGGAGAUCUUAUAGUCGGGAACAUGAAGGGAGACUACGAUACCCGUCCCGAAGGGAGCCUCCCCCCCGGAGAUCUCGGUCCAGAAGCCAUGACCGCCUGCCCUACCAGAGGAGAUACCGGGAGCGUCGUGACAGUGAUGCAUACCGGUGUGAAGAACGAAGCCCCUCCUUUGGAGAGGACUGCUAUGGAUCUUCACGUUCUCGUCAUCGCCGGAGGUCACGAGAGAGGGGGCCGUACCGGACCCGCAAGCACGCCCACCACUGCCACAAACGCCGCACCAGGUCUUGUAGCAGCGCCUCCUCGAGAAGCCAACAGAGCAGUAAGCGCAGCAGCCGAAGUGUGGAAGAUGACAAGGAGGGCCACCUGGUGUGCCGGAUCGGCGAUUGGCUCCAAGAGCGAUAUGAGAUCGUGGGGAACCUGGGUGAAGGCACCUUUGGCAAGGUGGUUGAGUGCUUGGACCAUGCCAGAGGGAAGUCUCAGGUUGCCCUGAAGAUCAUCCGCAAUGUGGGCAAGUACCGGGAGGCUGCCCGACUAGAAAUCAAUGUUCUCAAAAAAAUCAAGGAGAAGGACAAAGAGAACAAGUUCCUGUGCGUCUUGAUGUCUGACUGGUUCAACUUCCAUGGUCACAUGUGCAUCGCCUUUGAGCUUCUGGGCAAGAACACCUUUGAGUUCCUGAAGGAGAAUAAUUUCCAGCCUUACCCCCUACCACACGUGCGGCACAUGGCCUACCAGCUCUGCCACGCCCUUAGAUUUCUGCAUGAGAACCAGCUGACCCACACAGACUUAAAGCCAGAGAACAUCCUAUUUGUGAAUUCCGAGUUUGAAACCCUCUACAAUGAGCACAAGAGUUGUGAGGAGAAGUCAGUUAAGAACACCAGCAUCCGAGUGGCUGACUUCGGUAGUGCCACCUUUGACCAUGAGCAUCACACGACCAUUGUGGCCACUCGUCACUAUCGCCCACCUGAGGUGAUCCUUGAGCUGGGCUGGGCACAGCCUUGCGACGUUUGGAGUAUCGGCUGCAUUCUCUUCGAGUACUACCGGGGCUUCACACUCUUCCAGACCCAUGAAAACCGAGAGCAUUUGGUGAUGAUGGAGAAAAUCCUAGGGCCCAUCCCAUCACACAUGAUCCACCGCACCAGGAAGCAGAAAUAUUUCUACAAAGGGGGCCUGGUUUGGGAUGAGAACAGCUCUGACGGCCGGUAUGUGAAGGAGAACUGCAAACCUCUGAAGAGUUACAUGCUCCAGGACACUCUGGAGCACGUGCAGCUGUUUGACCUGAUGAGGAGGAUGUUAGAAUUUGACCCUGCCCAGCGCAUCACACUGGCCGAGGCCCUGCUGCACCCCUUCUUUGCUGGCUUGACCCCUGAGGAGCGGUCCUUCCACAGCAGCCGCAACCCAAGCAGAUGACAGGUGCAGGCCACCCUGCAAGGAGAUGGAGAGCGGGACUGGGCUGUCCAGCCCCUUUUCUCCAGCCUCUACCACCGGCCCCAGGGCCAGAGCCACCCAACGAACAGUGCAAUGUGAAGGAAGGCAGGAGCCUGCAGGGGAGGAGACUUGGUGCCCAGCUGCCAGAAAGCACAGAUUUGACCCAAGCUAUUUAUAUGUUGUAAAGUUAUAAUAAAGUGUUUCUUACUGUUUGUAACCCCUGGUACCAGUGUGUCCGUCUCCAGGCUCCCUGCCUUCUCCCUUCCCUGACCUCAUUAAUAAAGUCUUUCUUAGCAGUUCA